AUGAACGAUAAAUUAAAAAUUUUGACUCUGCUGUGCGUCGCCACCACCGGCACGUACUACAUAUGUGUGCACAAGAGGAAAGAAAUUAAGCAGCUACUCAAUUCCAUUUUUGUAAAAUGCAAAAAGAAGAAGCACAGGCGGAGGGACAGUGUGCGGAGGGACGGUAUGCGGAGGGACGGUAUGCGGAGGGACGGUAUGCGGAGGGACGGUAUGCGGAGGGACGGUAUGCGGAGGGACGGUAUGCGGAGGGACGGUAUGCGGAAGAAGAAUCCCAGUGGACGUAAGGCGAAGUCUUUGGCUAGCUUAGCACCGAUGGGAGGCGAAUCCGGAGAAGACGAAAUUGUGCACGUGAAUGAUGACACCUCUGUUAUCAGCUCAGAAAAUGACUCGUAUUUUCUUGACGCGAGGGAAGAGACCCCACGGGGGGGACAUGGCCUGGCAGGCGGCCACACCAAUGGCGGAAGCACGAGGAGGGAGAAAGCGUCCUCCGAAGAGGAAGAAGAAGAAACGGAAGAGGCAGAACAAGCGGAAGAAGAGGCUGAAGAAAGCACCCUGACGGAUGUCGAAGAUAUUAACAACUUGAAUGAAAGAGCAAGCUACAACGUUGUGCAGAUAAAGGCAAAGCAGCGAAGCAGGGGGAAACACCUGAACGGGCUCCGGAAUGGAACCCCCCAAAAGGGGGUCCUUCAAAAGGGAGCCCCCCAAAGGGAAGAUCCCCCAUCUACGGAUAACUUAAACGAGUGCGGAAUCAUCCUCCCGGAGAAGUACAAAAUAUAUUUCAAGUCCUUCGGGUGCGCACACAACAGCUCAGAUUCCGAAUUUAUGAUGGGCCUGCUGGGGAACUACGGAUUUCAGUUUGUUAAAAGUGUGGAAGAAUGCGACAUUUGCAUAAUUAAUAGCUGCACGGUGAAGAAUCCAAGUGAGGAAAGUAUGAAGACCAUUAUCAAUUACGUGAACAAGCUGAAUAAGGCUAACAGGAGGAGGGCGACUGGCCAAGUGGGUAAAAAAGGGAAGAGGGGAAAGAAUGGAGAAGUGAGAAAAAAGGGACAAACGGAUGGGGGUGAACAGGACCCACAUGUGGAUUAUCUCACCACGUCGUCUUCUGGAAUCUCCGAUUUUGAGCAGGACAACGGGUGCGGGAAGGGGGACGCCAGCUGCUGCGCGGAAGCAGCGUGCGCGUGUGCGCCCGACAAGGGCGAUUCGGGUUUGGGCAAAAGGGAAGCGGUGAAGGAAGCGAUAGGGGAAGCAGCGAAGGGAGCGAUAACGGAAGAGGUCAACGGCGCUUCCGCGAAGCCCCCCCGCGGAGACAUCAAAAUCAUCGUCUGCGGGUGCGUGCCGCAGGCGGAGAAGGACAUGGAGAUAUUCGAAAACGUGUCGCUCGUGGGGGUGACCAACAUCGACAAAAUCGUGGACGUCGUGGAGAAUGUGAUUAACGGGUACAACGUGCGCUACCUGAAGCAGGCCAAAAAAAUGACCUCGCUAAAUCUCCCGAAAAUAAGAAAAAACAAGUACAUAGAAAUUAUCAAUAUUAAUAAUGGGUGUUUGGGAAACUGCACCUACUGCAAGACCAAAUUUGCCAGAGGGGACUUGGCUAGCUAUAACAUACCCGACAUUAUUAACAGAAUAAAACAUGUGUGCAGUGAGGAAAAUAUAAAAGAAAUCUGGUUGACGUCGGAAGACACAGGGGCGUAUGGAAUCGAUUUAAACACCAACAUUGUUAAACUGCUUAAAGAAAUUUUGGAUACCAUUUCCAACAGCGAUGUUAUGAUCCGCCUGGGGAUGACCAACCCACCGUACAUUCUGAAACACGUCAAAGAUAUUUGCAAUUUGUUAAAGCAUAAAAAUAUGUACGAGUUUAUUCACAUCCCUGUUCAGAGCGGCAGUAAUAGGGUGUUAAAAAAUAUGAACAGGGAAUACGAAAUUGAAGAUUUUAUAUACUUGGUGGAAAAUUUAAGGAAAGAUGUUCCAAAUAUAACCAUUGCAACGGAUAUUAUAUGCGGAUUUCCAUACGAAAUGGAGAAAGAUCACGUGGAAACUGUCGACUUGGUAAAAAAAUAUCAAUUUCCGAUACUUAACAUUUCCCAGUUUUAUCCCCGAAGGGGCACUGUAGCUUAUGGCAUGAAAAAAAUUAACACAAAAAUUGUGAAAAAAAGAUCCAGGGAAGUAACGGACGCGUUUCUCUCCUAUACGAACAAUUACAAAUUUUUGGAAGGAACUACGCAGAGGGUUUUAUUCACGGAAGUGUCCACAAAAAGUGAGGACCUUAUUGGGCACACGAAACAGUACGUUAAGGUGUUGCUGCAGAACAGGAACAAUGAAAAUGCCCAUUUGUUGAGCCAUUUCGCCAACUGCAAAAUUGUUUCAGCUCAUAAAUGGCACGUAGUUGCGGAAUUGGUGUGA